AUGUUUUUGUAUUUAUACGGAACCAGAAGCUUUAAUUACUGGAAAAACAAAAGAGUGAAAUAUGAUAAUCCAAUACCGUUCCUUGGUACCAAUGCAAGAAAUUAUAUGAUUCAGUUGAGUACUACGCAGAUUAGCGACGAGAUGUAUAGGAAAUACCCGACGGAGCGCGUAGUGGGUUGUUUCUAUGGCAUGCAACCUGGGCUAAUUAUCCGUGACCCUGAGCUGGUAAGGCACAUCCUCACCACAGAUUUCUCUUCUUUCUAUUCACGCGGUCUUAAUUCACAUCAGCAGAUAGAACCACUGCUGCGAAACUUAUUUUUCGCCGAUGGUGAUCUAUGGCGGCUGCUUCGGAAGCAUAUGACCCCUGCAUUUACAAAUGUUAAAUUAAAAGCCAUAUUUCCAUUGAUCGAAUUACGUGCGGAGCAACUGCGGAUUCGUAUACUCAAAGAUUCUACAAAAUGUCUCGCGAUUGACGCACGUGACAUUAUGGCGCGCUAUACCACAGAUUUUAUUGGCAGUUGCGUGUUUGGUCUCGAAUCUGAUUCGCUUCAUGAUGAAAACUCGGCAUUCCGAAAGCUCGGUGCAACUAUAUUCAAUAUAUCUGCUAAAGAUGCGAUCGUCAUGUAUCUGAAACAAAUGUUUCCCAGAACAUUUAAAAAAUUUAAAAUAUUGGGUCGUGUUGAAAAAGAGAUGCUGGCGCUGGUGGAUGAGGUACUCCGACAGAGAAACUAUAAGUCAAAGGGAAGAAAUGACUUUCUAGAUUUGAUGCUAGAAUGUAAGGAGAAAGGACUCAUCACUGGUGACUCCAUAGAAUUUAUGAAUCAGGAUGGAUCACCGCAGAAAGCCACUGUUGACCUUACGUAUAGUUUGAUAGCAGCUCAAGUCUUUGUAUUUUUUGUAGCUGGCUUUGAAACUACCUCUUCUUCAACAAGCAUAACUCUGCACGAACUUGCUCAUCAUCCCAAGGUCCAAAAAAAAGUUCAAGAAGAAAUUGACAAGGUCCUCAAAAAAUAUAACAACAAACUUUGCUACGAAGCUAUCAAGGAAAUGACUUACUUAGAGUGGACUUUUAAAGAAGGGAUGCGAAUGUUCCCGUCUCUAGGAUAUUUGAUAAGGCAAUGUACUGAACGUUAUACUUUCAAAGAUCUCGAUCUCACCAUAGACAAGGGAGUCAAGAUUAUAAUACCACUUCAAGCAAUGCAAAAUGAUCCUAAAUACUUCGAUAAUCCAAGUGAAUUCCGUCCAGAAAGAUUCGACCCUAAAAACAUCGACAAUAGUAACAAGUUCGUAUAUUUGCCAUUCGGGGCUGGUCAGCGCGCUUGUAUUGGUGAGCGCAUGGCGUUAUUGCAGUCCCUGGCGGGGCUAGCCGCUGUGUUGUCUCGGUUCUCCGUUCACCCGGCACCAGAAGCACCGCGAAAGCCUGUUGUCGAUCCCCGUUCAAACCUAGUACAGGUUGUGCGAAAAGGAUUGCCGCUCAUCUUCACUGUCAGAAAGUAG